AUGAGAGAACAGGAGAAGUGGGUGACUGAGCUCACCACUGCCUGUUUUUUUGGCCCUGAGGCCUCAAUAGUCAUCGUGAACUUACUUCAUAUUGUGCAUGACCACUGGGCUCAUAUAUUUGUUCCUAUGAGAUUUGUCUUAGGAUUUUAACUGGACAAAAAGAAUGAAGAAAAGCUUACUGCCUUCUGGAAUAAGAGUCUGUUAUUUAAAGUGAAAAUGAGACCUAAUGAAGAAGUUACCUGAAAAUAAAAGAUUGUAACUAAAUUACAGAAUGUUCACAUUUUAAAACACUGACAGUAUUUAAUAUGAAUGAACAAAAACUCAUAAAAAUACUAUAUUUGUCCAUCCAGAAGACUUGUUUAAAAAAAAGUGGAAAUUGAUGAAGGAAAUUUUUCUUAUUUCAAAUUUUAUCUCAAAAUUUUGAGCCUUUUGAUUAACUAUUUGUUAUAGUCUUUUAAAGGUACUUGCAAAGGAAAGGUACAAGUCCAAUUGUGUAUAUCAUACACUUUAUUGUGUUCAAGCAUUACUUUCCUAUUUUGUAUAUUUAUUUGUUCAACAGUAUUUAGUGAAUACGUACAUGUGCCAAGCACUGAGGAUAUAAUUCUAAACAGAUUAAGGCUUUUCCCCCCUUCAUUCUAUAAGAUAGUAGGAAAGAAGACAGUAAAUCACACAGCUACAAUAUUGUGAUAAGUACUACCAAGAAGGAACACACAGGGGUGCAGAUGAAUAGAAGUCAAAUGAAGAGAGAAAAAGGGGGUUGUCUUUCUUACAGGUAGCAGGAACAGUUCCUGCCUAGACUUAUAAGGUAGUGUGGGCCCAACUCCAGCAGACUUCAUUGUGCCUUGACCUUGAUGGAAAAGUAGUAGCAAGAGGAGAGAUAUCCUGAGAUCAAGUCUGGAGGAAAUUUUAACCACUUAAGGAGUACUGGGCUUUAUCUGCAGGCCAUUUGUGGACCUGUUAGAGAUUUGUUGCCUAGCAUGCAGGAGGUCCUGAGUUCAAUUCCCAACACUGCAAAAAGAAAAGAAAAGAAAAAAAAAGGAGGGGUGUGUGUGUGUGUGUGUGUGUGUGUGUGUGUGUGUGUAUUCUCAUAAUGGUAAAAUAUACAUAACAUAAAAUUUAUCAUUUUAACCAUUUUAAGUGUUCAGUUCAGUGGCGUUUAAUGCAUUUUCAUUGUUUUACAACUGUCACCACUAUCCAUAUCCAGAACUUUUUUAUCAUCUUCCCAAACUGAAACACGGUACCCACGGAACACUAACUCCCCAUUUACCUCUCCUCCAGCACUAGGCAACCACCAUUCUACUUUCUGCCUCCUUGGAUUUGACUAUUCUUGGUACCUCAUAUAAGUAAAAUCAUAUGCUAUUUGUUCUUUGUGUGUGUGUGUGUGUGUGUGUGUGUGUGUGUGAGAUUGGUUUAUUUCACUUAGUAUAAUGUCUCCUUAGCCACAUUAUACUAUAUGUCAGAAUAUUCUUCCUUUUUAAGGCUGAGUGAUAUUUUGUUGUACCUAUAUAUCACAUUUUGUUUAUCCAUUCAUUCAUUGAAGGCAAUUUGCAUCUUUUGCCUAUUGUGAAUAAUUCCACUAUGAACAUGAAUAUGCAAAUAUCUGUAUGAGUUUCUGCUUUUAAUUCUCUGGGGCAUAUGUCCAGACCAGAGGUAAAAUUCCUGGAUCACUUGGCAAAUCUCUUUUUUUAACUUUUUGAGGAAUUGCGAUACUAUUUUACAAAGCAUCAGCACCAUUUUAUAUUCCCACCAAAGUUCCAGAUUUUCAUAUCCCCAUCAACACUUGCUAUUUUGUCUGUUUCAUCUUAUUUAAGAAUUGUCAUCCUAAUGGGUAUGACACUACAGAUUUUUGAGCAGAAAAGGAACACUGUCAUCUUCAUUCUGGAGAGUAGAUUAAAUCAGAAUUGUUAUGGAUAGGAACACCAUUAGAAGGCUUGCUGCAGUAAUUCAGGUGAGAGAUUGGUGACUUGAACCAGGAUUUAGAAGUAAAUUCCUUCCAGGGAGAUUAGAAGGUAGAAUAGACUGGAUCUGGUGGAUAAUUGGAUAUGAGGUGGAUAUGGGAAGGAAGGAAAAGUCACAUUUGAUUUUCAGUUUCUUGGCCUGUACUGGAGGGAUAAAUAGUAAUGUCAUAUACUAAAAUGGGGAAGAGAGGUAAAGGGUCCUAAGUGAACAGAGUGGAGGCAUGGAAUUUCCUGGGGAACUGGAAUUUGGUGAUAAAUGGUAUUAAAACAGGAUAUAAGUUAUAACAGUGAGUUUCCUUCAGAGAAUUAGGAUGCUAUGCAAUACAUAAUGGCAACAUUGAGGACAACGAUCCUGGUAAGGGUUAUCUUAGACUGAACUCUGAAGAGCUUAAACUCAAGCCAGCAGGUAUUUAUUUGCAGGAUUGUGCUCUGGGCUAGGACCUGAGCCGGAUGCUGGCUCCCUUUUUCCAUCCAGUAAGAUAGCCACAAAGCAUAUUUGGAUGUGGACAGAACUGCUAUGUAAGGGAAAAGAGAGCAGUUUGGGUGAGUCUGAACAGAAUGUCCUUAGUAUAGAAAUUCUGAAAAUGGGAAUGUAGUGAUGUUUUCUGCCUUUCGUUAAUUAUUCUAUUCAGCACUUUUAAGAAAUUUUUGGAACAAACGUUCUAGAAGCUGAACUCCAUCAGGCACUUAAAUUUCCUAAUUCUUUUUAGUUUGCUUCAUGAUGAUUUAUUGCAUCUUGAUUUUUUAAGUUUUUGUUUUAAAAUCAAUAACAUCAAGUACUUAAUGAAGUAUUGUUCAAUUACUGUUUAAGGUGCAUUCAUGACUACACAUUAUUUUAAAGGAUAUCUUAAAAGUUGACAGUCUUACAGUAAAUUGCAGGGAUGGAGGGUCCCAAGUGCUUUGGUUUGUUAUUGCUAUUUGCACAUAUACCCAAAUGGGCCCAUCUGUUUAGUAUUUUAUCUUUAAUGUUUUCAUUUAUUUAUAAAGCACUUAAGCCAUCAAGAAUGUUUUAAAGAGUCAGUCAAAUAGAUACUAAUUUUAACCUAGUCUAUUUACUACUUACUUGAAUAUGUUCAUGUUCCUAUUUCUCCUCCUCCCUUUGUAAUACAGUAGGGUCUUUUUCACUUCCUCUUGAUUCUUUAAGCUCUAAUCUUUCCAAAAGAUUCAUUAUGUUGAUAACCUGUGUGUUAUUUUUGUCUUUGUAAAAUUCUUUUGUAACAUCUGAUCAAUAAAAUUAAGAUAAUUGCAGAGAUCACAUUUGGUAUAUCCUAUUUUAACACUACGUAUCAUCAUACUACCAACUAUAAAGUAGCUUAAAUUGAUUUCAUUUUAAAGUUUCAGACUUUUUUCUUUGUAGAUUCCUAGUCUCAUAUUCAUUGUUCAAUCAUUAAUUAACAUGACUGAGAACAGGAGUAAUUCAAAAGGCAGAGUAUCUUCCUAUAAACAAGACUUGUGCUUAUACCAGCAGGUGCUAAACCUAGCUAUCUAUCCAGUCACCUGGGGAGUUGAGGAUAAGACAUUUAUUUUGCUGUAGAAACAGUAAAGAAUUGUAAGAGUUCAGAGGUGGAAAGGAUCCCUGCAGGGUAGUGAAACUUAGGGACAGUCGGGCUGAGGAUAGAACUAAUGUGGGCCUUGAAAGAUUGCUAGGAAUUAAUAAAGGGACCACAGCAGGAAGAACAUGGAAGGUGGGAGAAAUUCAUAGGAGAGAGCUUGCAAAAAUAAAGGCAUAUUUAAGAAGGAGUAAAGAGAACAGGGCUGUUGGAGUGGAGGAUCUUUGGGGAUGAGAAUGAGCUUUUCCUACAUCCUGAACACAGUCCAGCUGUCUAAAAGGCUGCAUGGUAAUGAUCUGUUCUUUAUCCUCCAGAGUUGGAAAAUGCCUCUCAGAACCCAGUCACUUUCAUAUAUGCUUGUUGAAACAAGUUGCAAAUAAUUCAUUUGGAAUCUUUUUGUUGCUUUAUUAAAAUGAAAGGAUAAUAGUAUUAUUGCAGAGUAAAUAAGAAGCUCUGUAUCCAAAAAUAGCCUGAAAGAUUUCUAAUCUAAACUAAACUUACUUUUUAAUUUGGUGUUGCAAAGAAAUGUUCUUCAUCAUAACAGUAUCCAUGGACUCAUUAUCAUGAUAGGGAACCUGUGAUAUUUUGGGGUACCUGCCAGAUGGAUUUUUAUGUCUCUGAAGGUGAUUUCACAGACAGAUGGUCACUUUGAAUGUUUCUUGUGGCACAGUGGAAGAAUUAGAGCUAUAUAGACUUAGAAUGCUUGACACAGAGAGGAUAAAGAACCCUAUCCUUAUCUUAGUCUCUUAAAAGUUAACUGAACAUUGUUUUUGCCAUCCCAUACAUUGCAACUGCAUGGUUCUUCUCACCUGUAUUUCUUUUAUUCUUCAGCUCUUUAUUCCUUUACCAAUUUCUGACUCACUUUUCCCAUGUUUUCUUUUUGUUUCCCCUCAGAACAUUCAUGAUUUUCUGUGAAGGAACAUCUGUUUUCCUAAAAGAAAUGAGAAUUUGUGUGCUAUUUUAAAAGAUACAGAAUCUACCACUUGAAUUCUUAUUCUCAUAUAUAAAUUGUAUCAUAAUAUCCAGAGGAAAAAUUAUAGAUACCUCUGAGCAUCAUUUUUCAGUAUCUGUCUUACUUUCCUGCACCUGGCCUACAGAGACCCACAUUUUCCAUUUCCUUAUUCCUGGUGAUGGUGUUAUUUUGUUUAGCCAGAAAAUUUAAAUUAAAACAAAUCACUCUGAACACACAUCAGCAUUGUGUCCUGAACCACAGCGUUGACAUAGAUCUCAGCAUCUUUGCUUUACCCAGAUCAUCCAGAGUCAAUCUCAGGGCUUCUCUAAGAUGUUAGAGCAAUGAACAGAGAGAUUCAAGAUUACUUAUUCACUAGUUUAGCAAGUAUUUAAGUAGUAGUUAGUGUCAGGUGUUGGAGACACAGAUGAAAACUGCAAACCUGGUCCACAACUUCAAAGAUAUGAGAACAGUGUGGACAGGUAAAGCACAUAGGUUUCAACAUGGGCUGACCACAGGUAGAUUAUCAUCUUUGAUCAGUACAAAUUUAUAGAAUCACUGCUACAUCCUCUGGAGCAUAGAAGGUAAAUAUAGUGUUUAUUUCAGAGCAAUGGACCAGGUUUAUAUAUUAAUACAAAAAGGAAACUAAACAAUACAGUUCUAAAAAUUCAUAUCCUCCUCUUAUAGUGAAAUAGUAAUUUAUCUUUAUUUCUUGAUGUAAAUCAUUACAUCUCUUGGACUGCUGGGAAGGUGUCUUUUGCAGGAAAGAAUAGUUAAACUUCAUUCUUGGACCUUUGCUAUUCAGUAGGAUCCAAUAAAAUUAAAAAUUUAAUUCUUUUGUCACACUAGCCACAUUUCAGGUACUCAGUAGUCAUAUGUGGCUAGUGGCUACCAUAUUGGACAGCACAAUGUAGAGCAUUCCCAUUAUUACAGAAAGUUCCAUUGGACAGGGCUAUGUGUCUUGGCUCUGUAAAGCAACUAAGAUCUCUUUUCAAUCUUCUUGGGAGCAAAUAGAACUCAUAUGAUGUACAAUAGCAAUAUUUGUCAGUGAAUACCCUUGUGUCAACAUAAUUCCAGUUAAUUGGGAUUUGAUUGCUUAUCUUUUGUUGAGUAGAUAAUAAAAAAAAAUCCCUUUUCUUCAAAAAUUUGAAGGACUAAAGCCCUAUAUUAGGAAAAAAGUAUACAAUAGGCAAGCAUAUCUUUCAAAAUCUUCCCGAAGCCACAAUUACAUCCUACAAAAGCCACCCCACAUCAUUAUUUCAAUAUCUUGAAUGCAAAGUUAUCAGCUUAUUCAGUUUCUAGUUGCUUAGGAUUUUGGUAAGUAGAUCAAAUAUAGAUCAUAGUUUUUCUGAAGGGUAGAUAAGUGUAGUGAGGCUCUAGUAGCAAUCAUUGGUGCGAUAUUCUAACUCUUCUUUUUCAUGCCUCCACUUCUCCUUUCCUCACUAUACAAUAUACAAGAGCCUGGGCUUUGGAAGAUACACUGCAUUUGAAUCCUGGCCCUGCCAUUUAUUAUCUUUGUCAUCUUAUAUAAAUAUUUAAUUUCUCCCAACCUUAGUUUCCAUCUCUGUAAAAAUGGGAAUAACAGUAGCUGCCCUGCACUUAGCACAAUACCCAGCAGCACCGUAUAUUAAUUUCCCUUCUCUUUUAAUUUUUGUUCCUUUCUUUUCCUUCUCUUAAUUUGUUGUUGCUUGCUGCCUGUAUUUAUUCGUGCUGGUAUUGUUUUAGUAACAAAGCUAUUAUUGAGUCCUGGCUUAAAUAAAUACAUGAUGCAUCCCUUUUCAUUGUUCGUUAUAAAUCAUACACUUCAUUCACUCCUUCAACAUAUUGGAAAGAGCAAAUGGAAAAGAGGGUCACUAAUUUGCCUUCUAGAAAAGGAAAAGGGGUUGUUGAGAAGGUUUUCCAUCUCCAGUGAUUCAAGGCCUUCAUACUUUAUACCAAUUACAUAAUCUGAUUAUGAUAGUUCUAUAGUUAUUUUAGAAGAAGUCUGGUAAGAUUUAAUCUAGAUUUUAUGGAAACCAAGGUUUAUUUUUACAUUCCUUAAAGUAGUCAAAUUAACUUUUUAAAAAGGGAUAAUGUUUGUAAAAUUUAAAACGUUCCAAGCUUGCUUGCCAAAGCCAGUCAGUUUGGCAGUCAGAUUGAGUGAAGGCCUUUUUUAUUAGGAGGACUUCUUUUAGAGAUUUCUUUAUAUUAUAAAUGAGCAGAUUUUACAGUGCUUUGCCUCAUGGAAUGCACUGCACAGUCUGUAAUACAUUUCAGAAUAUGAGCCUUGGUCAUCUUUUACUUUAAUAAUAAAUGUCAAGAAACAAUGCCUUCUUUAUUUCAUAAAAUUAAUUAAUAUAACAUUUUGGAAAGAAGUGAAUGUAUUCUUUAAUUACUCCCUUUUCUUAUUGCUAUUAGUUGUUUAGCAGGUACUGAAGAGUGAAGGGGAAAAAAAGCGGUUCGAGUGAUUUUUUUCCUUUUGGUUAAAAAUUCAGGUUGUAAAGGUUGUAAAAUGUUUGGCAAACAUAAGAUGUAAUAAAAAGACAUUGUUACAGAUCAGUUACAUCAUUAAUUCCAGGAAGAAGGCAAUUGUUAUCUACUGCAAAUUCUUUCCAAACUUAAGUUGCAUUGUUAGGUAUAAUUCAAGCAAAUUUAUAGAACUUAACAUUUAAAGGAGAAAUUUGAUUGCUGUACUUUUCAGCAAAAUGGACUGUACAAAAUUAUAUUUUUUUUUGUUUUAACACAAACCAGAUAUUCAACUGCUUGCUUGGUAUUUUGGUGUUUUAAAUAUAGCCUAGUGCCAGGGGUCUAUUUAGGCUUCAAUAAAUAUUUGUUGAAUGAAUGAUUAUGAAAAAUAUUUCUUAAAAUGUGUGUGUGUGUGUGUGUUUGAAAAAUGUACAAAGCUUUAAAAAAAACUCAUCAAAUUUGAUCAGUGUGAUCAAGCAGCUUAGAUAGUCAAUUUGGGCAAAAAUAACCUUACUCUCUGAAUAACGCAAUAAGUGUUUAGAGGGUUAUGUGAGUCUCAGAGAGGGUGAUAGAGAUAGGUGGGUUAUGAUGCUUUUCAAAAAUGGACAAGGAUCCAGCUGCUGAAACAUGGGAGCAAGACACCUGGAGGAGCCUGGAGCAGAGCAAGGCAAGCUCUCUUCUUCAUCUGGAAAAGGGCCAGAGGGGCAUCACUACAGGGCAUUCAUUUCAUUCCACAUUUACAGAUUAUGCUAUAGUUAGUCCAUGAAGAUUGCUCCCUGAAACAGUGGAUUCUGAAUCUUGGAUAAUCAUCAUAAAGCAUUUAUUAAGUAUCUAACUACUUUAUAUGUAGUUAUAUAAUCCUAAUACCUUUGAUUGACAGAUAUUGCCCUCAGUUUGUUAAACCAUUUGUAUGUGUACGUGUGUGUUAUGUUGUGUUAUGUAUGCUGGUGUAUCUCCCAGGCCUAGUGAGGUGCAUAGUAUUUGUUAAACUCUCAGAAAUUAAUUGUUGAAUGAACUGAAUAUAUCAUUGAGCAUCAGUCAAGUCCUUAUGGAGAGUUUGAUUUUAUGGCAUGAUAAUUUGAUAAUGAAAAUCGGGUACCACGUGUCUAAUGCACAUAGUGAGAUAUUUCCCAGAUAGUGGGAGAAGGUGCAAAAGGCUUUGCUUCCUUUAUUUAUUGUUUGAAUCUGUCUUUGGGUUACCUCCUUCUCUCCUGUAAAUCUCCUCACCCCAAAUGCAUUGACAUUUUUUGUUGUUUCUUGUUGUUGUUUGUUUUUGUUUUUGUUUUUGGUACCAGGGGUUAAACCCAGGGCACUUUACCACUGAGACACAUUCCCAGCCCUUUGUAUUUUUUAUUUUGAGAUGGAGUCUCACUAAUUUGCUUAAGGCCUCUCAGAGUUGCUGAGGCUGACUUUGAAUUCACAAUCACCUGCCUCAGUCUCCAGAGUUGCUGGCACUACAGGCAAGUAUCAUUGUGCUCAGCAAUACCCUGAUUUUUUUUAAAAAAUCAUAGCCUCCUUUGUGACGAGAAAAGAAAUUAAAAGUAGAUGUGUAGUCCACUACUAUUACAGCUCUUGAGCUUCCUUUUUGUUGGAUUUCUGGAUACACUUUGAGGGCAAAAAUGGGGAGGGGCCUGGUGACCCUGGGCCUAUGUCCUAGGGAGAGCCAGACUGAUUACAGUCUCUCUGCUCAAUUCUGGUCACCUCCAGCAUAUUUGCAAAUCUGAUAAAAGUGGAUUUAUAAGCAACCAAUAAAUUAUGAAGCUGAAGGAUAAAUCCUAAAUUCCAGAAUAAGGGAUUGGGCUUUUCUUUGUUCAUGUGUAUUCUUUUGAAUUUAGAAAGUCAAUAAAACAAGACAGUCCAAAAUUAAAUUUGAUGCUUUGUUCUGUGUAAAUUUACUGGGUUAGUUGGUUUAAAUAAAUCAGUUCCUUUCCCCUGUUUGAAUGGUAUGUGAUUUUGAUAGACACUGUGCAGUUUGAGAUUCAAGCAUGAUGCUUUCUACAGGAACAUAAGCACUGUCUGUAAGCACUAUUUUGUUGUGUCUAGUAAGAAGCAAAGAUGGACAGUUUAGCAUUUUUAUUCCUUUGGAUCCUAUCUGUGUCUGUGGUCACUUGGACCUGCCUACCGCCACCUUCCUAAAACACUGCUUUCAUUAUGUUACUUUGCUUAGAAAUAUUCCAGUUUCCCCAUACUCCUUGACCUGGCAUUGAAAGUUUUCCUUUAGGGGAUGGAGUAUGCAAGGAAGCAUUAGUUGAGGGAGGAAGAGUCUUCUAGCCCUGGACAGGAACGGGUGACCAAUCUCAGUGAAUAAGAUUAUUUUUAACAGAUGAUUUUCCUUGUACUUUAGAAGUUUAAAUAGAAACAUGACUGUUUAUCUUUAUUUUCACUUAUGUAUAUAAGGGAAGCUAUAGUAGGGAGAUAAUUCUUUUGGUCCUGGCCAAUACUGAAUGUUCUGGGUCUUUGGUUUUUAGCUGUUAGUUUGAAACUUUGUUUUUGAGCUGUCGCCAUGACCAAUCAUAUAUAUUACCAGAAACUAAAAUUACUUCAUUAUAAAGCAAUCCCUAGGAAAGAUUUAUUUAAAUGGUAUUAAUUUAUUAUUAAAAAAUCUUUCUUCUAUUGCAUAGAGUUAAUUCUACAUUGAGUUCCAAAUUGUAUUGUCCCCCUCCCCCACACCUCCUUACCCUUGGACCUCUUCCUCCUUAAAUUUCUCAUCGAGCAGCACCAGUGUCUGGUGAGUGUUUGGGCUUAUGGAUUGUAGAAUUCCAGCAUUCCAUGCUCGUAAGUUAGUUAAGUUUAAUAAGGUUUUCCUGGCUUUCUUAUGGGCUUUUCUUGGAUCUCUUAUUAAUGAUUACUAUUCACAUCUUAUUAAGAAAACUAUAUAUUAUACUCUCAUUAAGCAUGUUUUGUACAGGGCUCACAGCAACAGUCUGACAUGGAAAGGCUUGAGUUUAAGGGUAAGUACUUUAUAAUUUAGUGUAACUUUAAUGUAACACAUGAGGCUGUUUGCUUUAUAACUUCAACUAAACUAUGCAGAUUUUAAUUCAUGUGCUGAGGAAGAAUGUUUUCUUUUAACCAAAGCUCCUUUUCAAUCCUUUAAAAAUAUUUUUAAUUAACAGUUGUUCCUUUCAGAAUUCUAAUUGCUUUAAAGUAGUUUCUUUACUGUUGCCAAAAAAAAAAAAAAAAAAAAAAAAAGGCUUUCUUAGAUUACUCUUUUGGGGUGUGCAUUGUAUGAGACCAGAACCAUGUGGUAUUUUGACCUUUCAUAGUGCCCUUCCUCUGCCCCCCUGAUAAGUGGCAGAGACAAAAUGUGUUUGAAAAUGAAUUUCCCAUGCCCUGCUUCCCUCACCUUUCAGCAAACAGCAGAAUAGCCACCUUUUAACUAGUGAUCUGCUAGGCCUCAGAACUCAUCUUAAGGAGAAAUAAUUAACUAAUAGUAUGACACCCCCUGCCAUUCCCAACCUAUUUUGUAUAAUAUAAUUCCUUUCUUGGUGACUUGAAUAGUAAUAGCAUUAUUUCUUGCUUCCUACUUAUUUCGGACCUGGAUCAACUAAUAAAAGUAAAAACUUUUUUUAACCUGAACUGGAACUGAAGCUAUUACAUGAAAUUCAGAUUUGUUUCAGCUUUUGGAGUGGUUUUGAGUUUAUGUGGUACAGGCAGAGAUCAUGUACAAUUAAGCACAAAACAUUUAUUGCUUUUCUUUGGGACAUCACAAAAAUACUUUCAGGGGUUACCAGGCUUAGUUGCUAACUGAGAUAACUGUUAACCAGAUUCAGUGAAUGUGCAGAUUUGCCCUCAGCAUUUCUGUUGAAUAGACAAUCCUUAAGUUUCAGAUAGUUGUUUUUUUUUUUUUGCCAGAAAGUUUUGUUUGAGUUUGCAUGGUGACUUAUAUGUGCAUAAAACUGCACAUUUCUAUCAUUUGAUGCAAUCUUUUAAGCUAUAUUCUUAGAAACAUUCUUAAUGUCUUUAAGGGAAAAUUUGCAAAUUAUUUAACAGCUGCAUUCGAGGUAAGUUUUUUCCCCCAGCUAAUUAGUAGGCAUUGAAUGGUUAAGUGGGCUUUAAAGUAGAAGAGAGCAAAUUCAUCAGGAAUGCCCAUAGUCCAUAGAUACUUAAGCAGUUACUUGUCAUUUUGAAACACAUGCAUUAUUUUCUCCUUUACACUGGCAUAUUCUCAUCAGUUAUAAAGAGACUAUAAAUUUGUUUAAAAAGUAGAGAUUGAUUACUGUAGGAUGGAAUGGUCAUAAUCAGGUCUGCAUCUUAAGAGAGAUAAAUUCAACACAGUAUUAAAAAUGAUUUUUGGUAUCAUAGUUUAGAAACUAAAUAUUUAAUUUUUCCUAGUUAAAAUAACUAACCUAAGACACUAUAUUUACAAAACAUGAAUUAAAAGAGAAGCAAUAAUUCUUCAUUAUUGUGAAUUAAGUCUGUAAAAUUUAAAUUAUAUUACAGUAUACAAUUAAAUAGAACAUUAUAACUGUCCCAUUGAGGUUUCAAGUGGGAAAAGAUGAACAUUUUGAAGUGAUAUACCUCCUCCUCUUACCUUACUAAAAAUAUGUAAGUUUUCUAUGAAAAAUAAUUAGCUAUUAAUGGAUUCUACAUUAAUGAGGUAUGUGAUUAUUUGGUUAUAUAAGCAGCACAAGAACAGUUAGUUUUACAUCAACAUUACAAAUUAGGUUACAUAACAUUCAAAUAUUUACUAUUCUACUAUCACAUGACUUUUUCAUUUGAGAUUUUUGUAACAAAAUGACCUUUUUAAAGAAUUUUAAUAAUAAAUUUUAUUGUUACUAAAAAUAUAUAAUAUUCUUCAAAUAUGAAUAACAGUUAAUCUGUGAGUUUAAAGAUCUUUUUUAAAUUAUGAUGUGGAACUUUGUCAUGCACUGUACUUGUGUCCUUGGUGAAGAAAACAGACUUUAAUGGCAUUAAGUUGCAAUUAAAAUUAAUAAUGACAGUAUUACUGAUUCCAGUGAGCUCUUACUGCAUGCCAGACAUUGUGGUAAAUUUUACAUUUGUUCUGAUUUAAUCUUGAAAGCAACCCAAGGAAUUUAGUGCAAUUGGUGCCCUCUCCAUUUUAUAGAAGAAAAUACUAAGGUCUGAAAAAUUAAAUCGUGUUUUAAAAAAUUAAUUUAAUAGUUAAUUGAGUCCAGGUCCAUCUUAUUUGGAAGUCUUUCUCCUAAUUGCCUCUCUAUGCUGUGCAAAUAUUUUUUUUGGUUUAGUUUCAUAAGAAGUUCCAGACAUAAUUAUGGAAUGCUUACUAUAUAGUAGGCACUGUGCAAGUUCAUUCUUGAAAUCAUAGAACUGAGAUCACACUGAUCACAGAUAAUACAAAUAAUCAUGAGGGCACAGAUGAACCAUCUUCAACUCCUCUAGUAAUUUCUGGGAUCACGGCAACAAAAUAUUCAUGGUGCCAACUUGCAUAAACCCUGAGGAAAAAUCCUACCUGAUUUCUCUAGCCUUGUUGUAUCACCUCCAUGUAGUUUGUAAACAUCUUCCCUGAUGUGGGGCACACACUAGAUUCUUGGAAGCGUUAGUAGUGAUAAGUACAUAUUUCCAGUUUUAAAGUGAAGUUUUGUUGCUCAUCAGAAGCCUUUUAUGGACAAUUUAAGAUCUGUAUUAUGUAAGACCAUAUGAACAGAUGUUGCUGAAACUACAAGAGAAAAGAUAAUUCUCAUAUAGGAAUCAACCAUUUGAAACACUAUGAGAACUUUGUUUUUGUGCAUCUUUCUAAACUUAAACUGACCUGAAUUUUAGCUACCUGAGGUUCUGUAUAAACUUUUAUCUUAGGUUUUGCCUAAAGCAUGACCUUUUUAGGACAACCAAUCUAAGGUGAUAGAAGCCUGAAUAUUGAUUAUUGACUGGGAAGAGGCACAAGGGAGCUUUGGGGGUGUUCUGAUAUGUCAUUAUUUCUUUAUCUGAAAAGUGGUUACAUGGAUAGCUACAUGUAUAAAAACUAUCAGAUUAUACACUUCAACUUUGUGCCUUUGACUGAAGAAUUGAGUGGAAUGGUUUAAAAGAAAGAUAUUAGGGAUUUAAGAGCACCACCCCAUCCUAUCCUAAAACUUCCUUUCACUUUUUUGGCAAGUUUAUAUAGACAUGAAAGGCAAUGACAGUACUGUAUUAAUUUUUGUAUUUCUGGUAUAGAGGGGAAGAGAGAAUGGAGGCACGUGGAAGGAGAGGGGAUAAUGUCACUUCACAGUCGGCAUACACACUUCUCCUCUUAGUAGCUCCAUAAUAAACCCAGCUCCGCUCUAUGUGCCUCCUUUUGCUAUAUGCAUAUGUUUUUCCCUUGAUUUGAAGAUAGCAAAAUUAAGCAGCAUUUUGAUUUUGGAAUCUAAAAAAAUCUAAUAGGGCUGGCCUAAGUUAUUUGGCAAGUGGAGGGGGACUAAUGUCUAAAUAUGUACAUUCUUGUACAUAUCUUGCCUUACUUGCUUUCCCACUUGCAUCUCUGUUACAGUCUCUCAUAUUCCUGUUUUGGUAAUUGAGAGCAGAAACUGUAUCUUUACUUUUUACUGCUCAGCAAGUGAAUUGGAAUUUUUAGGGUGGAGAAGAGAUGACAAAAGGAAUGAUUUAAUGUGUUGAGAAAAUAAAGGGCUGUCCUUAGGCUGCCCUCCUUAGGGAAGAUAGUAAGAUAUCUUUCCUAUCUCUCUGUCAAAGAUGAUAUGAUAGAGGUAACCAAGAUUAUAGAAAGAUUUAAGAUUUCCCAUAUGGAAGAGCCAGAUUUAAGGUCAGGAAGAAGAAAUAGAAAGGGUGAUUUGAACAUUUAUGACAAGCAAGAGCCCUUGGAGUCUUUUUUCUCCCACAUACCUCAGCCUAUGACAUAAGUCUGGGAAAACUUAGUUGACCUGGAAUUACAUAUGAGUUUACUUUGUACGAAAUACCUACGUACAAAGAAAGCACAUGGGAGUUCAUGUCAUAUGUUGUCAUGUUUGGAAGUUGAGCUGAAAGGCUUUUGAAAAUUCUUUUAGAUUCUUUGUUAUAGACUAUAAUUCAGCAUAUAAAUGCCAUAGAGAAUUAAAAUUCUUAUAUUUGGUUGGGGACCCAUUUAAUAAUUUUUUUCUGGUCUUUUACUAGCUGAAAAUAUUUUCAAGUUGCAGAUGUGCGAAUAACAUGGUAAACUCAUUAAUUCUUUAAAGGGAGUUAGGAUUUUCUAAAUGUAGUCCAUUCCUGGGCCUUGCCUAUUUGGAAGCUGAAAUAAAAACAGUGUGAUUCUUUGGAAAGAAUUCAUAGGUAAAUGGAUGCACUAGGAUAGAGGAAGCAGACCUAGUGUGUAUAAAAAUGUAAUCAAUUGAAGCCCCUAGGUAACUUAAUAGGCUCCCAUUGUCGAAUGGGGCCAGACUAAAAUUCUUAUCUUUUGACAAGCUGGGAAAUAAUGGGCAAUUCCCUUUCAGGAAGUAAGAAGACAGAUAUUCAUAUUCCCAUUACUUUCCAACUCCAGAUUCCCAAAAUAUGGCUAACAAAACAGGCACCAAAAAACCUGAGAGAUUUUUGUUACUAUGUUGUACCCUGUAAAAAACACUCAGUCUCAGAAUUCAUGUUCAUCCCCACUGCUAAUUAAACCCAAGUGAACAGCUGUUACUAGAUGGCACCGAACCAUAGCCUGUACCCGGACAGAUUUGGAUGAUUUAGCCAGACUGGAAACUCAAGCCUCCAGCUGCACAAGUGUGCCCCAAUUAGCUUGUUAUUCUCACAAUAUUGGAUUCCAUAUAUUUUGUGGAAAUGGAUUUUUGGAUUCUACUUUUCCCUCUUAAAACAGGGCUUUAUACAAGAUGGUGAUUGAAAUAUCACAAAGUAAUAGGGUUGGACUAAAUUAUUCGGCAAGUGGAAUGGGAAAAACUAAUGUCUGGAUCAAGGAGGACUCUGACUAUGAAAGUAGUCAUAGAAAUUACAAAGGAAAAUUACAGCAACCGAAAAAUUGUAAAUGCAUGUCCAAAAAAUUAUGUUAACAAACUUGUGUAGCCCAUUAGAAAGAGUAUUUGCCACAAUUGUAAUGCUUCACAGUUUUAAUAUGCCUUUUAUAAAUAAAUGGGAAAGUUAUGUGUAAGUUAAAGAAACAAAGUAAUGUAGCAGUGUGAUUACAAUUAUGUGCUUAUAAAUAAAUUAUAGCAAAUAAAAUGGAACAUAAUGUGAUUACUAAAAAAAAUCAUGUUUUCAGGAGACUUUAAUUACAUGGAAAAAACUCAUAAUCCAAAGUGAUAACACCUUAUACAGCCAGUAUGAUCCAAAUUAUGUGCAUAUUUGUUGUCUACAUUUAAGAACAAAGGAAAAAAUCCUGAAAGAAAAUAAAUUAAAGAGAUAACAGAGGUUUUAUCUGUGGUAGUAAGAGUAUGGGUAAUUGUUUCUUUCCUUCAUAAUGUUCUUUUAUUUUAGACUUUAAGAAAACAAACCAAAAAUAUUAAAACAGAAAAUAUUUCUUUUCACUAAAGCAUGGGUCCUUCUUUAAAAAUUAAAGUUCAUGCUGGAUGCUGUGAUGUACUCCUGUAAUCCCAAUAACUGGAGAAGGCUGAGGCAGGAGGAUUGCAAGUUCAAGGCCAGCUUCAGCAACUUAGCAAGACCCUGUCUCAAAAUAAAACAUAAAUAAAAGUACUGGGGAUAUAGCUUAGUGGUAAAGUACCCCUGGGUUCAAUCCCCAGUAACAACAACAACAAAAAUCAAAGUUCAUAUUUUAGAAUGGAUAAAGCAUUGAAUGAAAAGCCUAUCAGAGGCAAAAUUUUAGGAUAAAAAAAAAGAAAGCUGUGUACUAUCUUUCUGAAAUAACAGAUGGGUAGACUUAGGGACAAGCCCUUUCAACUUGAGCACUCUUUCAUGUUUAUUCUUCUUCUUAUAAAAGACCUUAGUUUAGCAAACUAGAUGAUCACCCCCUACUCUCAAGCACAACUGUCUCUGAUAAUCUGGCGUCCUUUCCUACAGCGUUUUCGCCUUUCACAUACACAGACACACAUGUGUUAUAGGCAUCACCAAUUGAUCAUUCUCCAUGUUCAUCUAGUUAACAGAUGGGGAGUUCUGCCCAUUCUCCUGCCAAGUAUUUUUGAGCACUCUUUUUUUUAAUUAAACCAUUUAUCUAGCCACUUAAAAAGUCUGCCUUUCUAGCCACUCAUAUAAAGACACAUGGCAUUAUGUUUCAGUGCAUUUUAAAACACUAGUUCUUACCGACCUUGUGGGACAAUCCUUUUUAUUGACUAUUCACAUUAAGUAUUUCAACACAGAAUUUUGAUUAAAGGAACCUGGUUCACCAGCUUUUGCCAUGGCAGAGUGUUGAAAUUCUUCCCAGGAGGCUAAAAUAUGUGGUGAUUUGAAUUAUCUAGAAUUCCACAGGAAAAUGCAAUAGGAUUUCACAGCAGGAAAUGACCUUAGAAAUAACUUAAUCCAACUCUAUUUUACAAAUGAGGAAAUUGAAGCCAGAGGGGUUAAAACCCAAGCUUUAAAACCCAGUUGGAAACAAGUCUUCUGACUUCUUAUUGGGUCUUUUUAAUAUAUUAUCCUUAUAGUAAGUUCCUAAAUGUUGUGUUAUGUGGUAUUUGGGGAUCACUUGCAUAUAUAAUAGAUUUUGGAGUUGCAUAUGAUCAUGAUGAAUUUAAAGUUUUACCUGGGCCUGGGGUAUAACUAAGUGAUAGAGCACUUGCUUAUCAUGUGUUAGCUUAUCAUGGAUUUAAUCCCCAGCAGCACAGAAAAAAAUAAAAUAAAAUGAAGUUUUAUCUUAGUUGCCAUGAUGACAAAGUGUAACAAGGACAUCACUACAGCUUGAGAACAUGUGGUCUUAGCAUAGGAAGGUUUUCCUCAUUUUUCUACAGAAAAUUCUCAUUUUUCCUUGGUCUAAUUCUUUUAAACUUAGUUAAUUUUUUUUUCUGUGUUAAUUCUAGACUUUGAGAAGAAAAUUCUUCUAUCGGUGUUAUUUUUAUUGAGACCAGCUUUGUUAGACUUUUAAUUUGACAUUUAUUUAGCCAAGCUUUGACUGUUAUUUUGAGUUACAGAAAUGUAAUUUUUCAGUUAAAGAAGAAGCACAAGAAAGCCUUGUUAAGGAAGAAAAGUCAUUUUCACUAUAGAUUAUUGUUCUGAAAAGCAUAACUGAAAAAUUUCUGUAGAUGGUUGAGGACAUAGUCUGUCCUCCUGACCACUAAGAUGAAGAUAUCACAACAGCUGCAAGGGAUUGCUUACACCGUUGGAAUUCAUUUUGAUACAGUUGAGUUUUUAUUAUUUUUUUGACUUCCUCCCCAGUGUUUUUUGAUAACAGGUGUGACUUUUAACCUUCCACACUCAACCUCAUACAACAUACUGAGUAAUUUUGUAAAGGCAAAAUAAUCCAAAAUAUGUGGGAAAUGAACUUAAGAUUAAUAAUAUUAUACUUUUGAGAGCAAAUGAUAAUUUUAUAAAAUUAGACAUACUAAAAAUUGAAAAUAGCAAAUAUUGGAUUAGGAGAUAAUUGGUGAAUUUAGGAAUUAUUGAUUGUCUUUAUACUUUUGAUCUCUGGUCUAAUUGAUUUAAGGCUUUAUCCAGUUAAUAAAUGAGUAAAUUUUAGACUGAAUCUUAGACAGAAAAUAAAUUCAGAAUUUGAACUUACUUUCAAAAAUAUAAAUAUAUCUUCACUGAGGUUGUAAUCAACAUACAAAUUCUUAUUUAUGUAAUUUGGAUAGUUUGUACUGGAAAUUCAAGAGGUUUUCUAUGGAUAAGAUCCAUACAAUUUUGAAAGUGGGCAAUCUUUGUGUGUCUUUCUUUUCUUAAUGAAAAUAGUGAAUGUAUUAGGCUUGAAUUAGGUUUAAUGUAAGCCCCAAGUACAUAUAAGUAUAAAAGUGUACUUCAACCUCCAAACUAAUCAUUUGGACAACCUUUUUGUGUUAUAAUCCAAAUUAUCACUAACUUCUUCAGUAGGCACUUCUACCAUUUUUUAUUAAUAUUUAAAGGUUAGACAUAGUUUUAAACAUUUCUAAUUGUCCUUAAGAUAUAUCAUUGUAUAUAAACGUUAAAUAGCAAUGAAUAUGGAAAUGUUUUAACAUUCUUAGGAUAUAUAAAUCUUUGUUUAUCCAUAAUAUCAAAUUUUUUCCUUAUAAUACCAUAUAUAUUUAUGACAAUAGAUGCUUGUAAUUUUGAUUCACAUCUUUAUAUGCUUUUCAGAGGCAGAUUUCUGAAUCAUUAAGAGAAGAUUACCAUCUUUUCCAUAUUUUUUUGUGACUAUUCUAUACAUAGGUUACUGUAGUCGUUCCCACACUGUUCUGUUCUUCAGUGUUUCCCCUUUCUAGUGCAUCCUUCGCAUUACCACCAGAUCAGUCCUCCCAAAAUAGUAUUUCAUCCUAUUAAUUCUUUCUUGGAAAACCUUAGCAGUUUCCUAACUGUUAUCCUCUUUGGUCUCUUGCUUCCCUGAAAACAAUCCCUAAUCUUCUUCACUGUCUCCUCAUAACAAGUCCUUAUUGACCUUACUCAUGUUGCUAUGUGAAGGUGUCUAAUAUAGGUGCUUCCUUUCCCUCUCCCUUCAUGUUUACCUAUCAAAUACAUAUAUAAUUAUCCUUUAAAAAAUUUUUGUCACUCUUAACUAUACAACUAGUUUGUGAACAUAUCCUCUUGAAGACUUAAAAAAAUACAAAGUAAAACUAUUGAUUCUUUUAUCCGUUAAUACAAGAAUGAAUGAAUGAAUUGUGGUAUAUUUAUUUUACGGAAGGAAUUAUGUACAACACAAAAACAGUGGAACUGGAGUCCACAUAUCCACACAAGUUAAUUUUAUAAACAUAGAGCAACAAAGGUAGUUUUUGGACUAUAUAUAGUAUAACACAAUUCUUUUAAACUUUGAAAGCAUGUUAAACAAUUCUACAUAUCUUAAUGAUAUAUACAUAUGAAUUAAAAGUAGAAAUAUAUACAGGAAAUGAUUUUUUCAUAUUAUACAUUUUCUUCUAGGAGUUGCAUAAAUUUGGGUUUAAUUCCUAGGUCUUUGAUCCAUUUUGAAUUGACUUUUGUGCAGUGUGAGAGCUAACGAUGUAGUCUCAUUCUUCUACAUAUGAAUAACCAGUUUUCCCAGCACCAAUUGUUUAAAGCCUGUCUUUUUUCCAGCGUAUGCUUUUGGCACCUUUAUCAAAAGAUCAGAUGACUGUAUUUCUAUGCGUUUAUCUCUGUGUCUUCUAUUGCAUUGGUAUAUAUGUCUGUUUUAUGCUGUUUUUGUUACCAUAUGUCUAUAGUAUAAUUUGAAGUCAGGUAUUAUAAUGCCUCCAGCAUUGCUUUAUGGCUAAGAAUUGCUUUAGCUAUUCUGGGUCUUUUAUUCUUCCAAAUGGAUUUUAGAACUGUUUUUUCUAGUUCUGUGAAAAACGUCAUUGGUAUUUUGAUAGAGAUUGCAUCAAAUCUGUAGAUUACUUUUGGUAAGGUAACAUGGCCAUUUUAACAAUGUUCAUUCUGCCUAUCCAUGAACAUGCCAGGUCUUUCUGUCUUAUACUAUCUUCUUCAAUUUCUUUUUUCAGUAUUCUGCAUUCUGUAGUUUUCAUUGUAGAGGUCUUUCACCUCCUUGGUUAGAUUUAUUCCUAGGUUUUUGUUUUUUGAAGUUAUUAUAUAUGGGAUUAUUUCUUUGAUUUAUUUCUUAGAAAAUUCAUUAUUGGUUUGUAGAAAAGCUAUUGAUAUUUGUAUACUGAUUUUGUAUCCUGAAGAGUGACACUUCAAACUUUUCACUGUGCCUUAGAGUUCUCUCCAUAUCAGCGUAAAUGUGUGUGUGUGUGUGUGUGUGUGUUUGUUUUAAUUCUGUACAGUAUCCCCUACUGAGGACAUAUGGCUGGUUUUUCAUAUGUAGAAGAAUGAGAACAGAUCCUUAAACCCUGCACAAAGUCUGUGUCCGUGUGUGAAUAAAAGGAUGCAUUUUCCUUGUUGUAAACUGCACCUCAGUGAGCAUCCUUGUACACAUGUCUGUUUGCUGUUGAAUAAGCAGCAUUUCCCACUCUGUCCUCCUUUCCAUUUUUGGUUCACAGCAAUGUCUCAUAGCCUACAUUGCUAUGGGUCUUUUUCAGGGUCUAGCUUCUCUCUUCCAGGGUACCACCAACACAAACAAAAACACUCACAGAAUCAUUCAUGAAAUUUGGAUUUUAGAGUUGACUCGCUCAAUGGUCUUCUACCUUUUUCUCCUUUGUUUCAUGGAAAUGUUAAAUGGGAUGACAUUCAGAUUCUGACAAGCUCUUAUUCUAAUUAGGCUUGUGAAAGUGAUACCAUCAAUAUUUACUUAUUUUUAUUUUUUAAAAUUUUAUUUUAUUUGUGCUGGGAAUUUUCCCAAGUCUUUGCACAUGCUACACAAGACCUCUACCACUGAGCUGUACCCCCAGCCCCCAUCCAUUUUUAUUUUGUGUUUAGCUACUAGUAAAUAUCACUUGAACCUUGUAAACUAAAUCAUAAAGGUUCACAGUUCUUAUGAAUCAAGGGUCAUUAUACUUUACUCCUCAUGAGUCUUCUACAUUACUUCUUAAGUGAUCCUCAAAUACCAUUUCCAAAUAGUAGUGGUGGUGUUGUUUUUGGGUUUUUUUUUUUUUUUUUCUUUUGGGUAAAUGCUCAGUGUUUCACAGAAAGCUGUUACUUGUACCAGCUCAUUUUAAAGUAUUAUCCUUCUUUCACAAAUUCCAAGUAAUUAAUGCUUAAGAUUACUCAACUAGUAAGUUUUAGGGCCUAGACUCUACUUCAUAUCUUUUGAUUUCUAGGUUCUCUAUUUUCUUAAAGACAGUUUCCUUAUACUUAAAAUAUUUGUUGAACAUGUGCUAAACUUCUUUUUUAACGUUUACAAGGAGAUUGGUAUUUAUCAGGUGCUCUUUAAAUGUUUAUCCCCCACUACCAACCUUUUCCUUCUGCCUCUGAGUUUAUUUUGUGUAGUUUUGGGACUCGGGACUCUGUUUAGUUGUUUCUAGACUUCAAGAUGACCAGCACUUUUGAGCCAACAUCUCCUAAGCAUUCAGGAAAUGCAUUACGCAAGUAGCUGUGGUUAUUGCUAUCCUUCAAAUCACUUGACAUAGACCAUAAACAUUUAGUUCUCUUCCAUGAAAAAUGGAUUGGAGGCCAAGCUUAACUUGUCUCAGGGUAUCUGUUUCAUCCUCAUGGUAGAACCCAAGUGUGCCAGUGAUGAUUCACGGAAAUGCUACAGGAUGAAGAAUGGCUUUGCUUUUGUUGGAAAUCUUUUGAAGAAUGUUCAUCAAAGUGGAUUCUUUGUUUUCAGAUACUUUUUUUCCUAACAUACCAUCACAGUGAACUGAAGUUAUUACUUACACAGAGUAUCUUCUUACAAAAGGACAAUAUGGCACAAUCCACUGUGACUAUUGAGGCUAAAAUGUGCUAGUUUAAGCACUUUAUUUCUUAAUAUUAGGCUACUAUCAUAAAGCUCAAAAUAUGUUUUCCUUCAUAACAUUUUAGUUGUUCAGAAAUAUACAAAGCCAUUUUUUCACAGGCUUGAUUUUCCUGAAGAGCUUCUUGAAAUUUAUAAAGCCAAUCAGGCACUAUGGCACACACUUGUAAGCCUAGCAACUCAGGAGACUGAGGCAGGAGGAUUGUAAGUUUGUGACCAGCCUGGAAAACUUAAUGAGACCUUGUCUCAAAGUACCAAAAAAGGGAGGAGGGAGCUGGAGAUGUAGCUCAGUAGUAAAGCACUCUGGGUCAAUCCCUAGUACCAGGAAAAACAAGAAAGAAAUUGAUAACACUGUCCCUUUGUAAAUUGUAGUAUUAAUUCUGCAGCUAUGUUGAGAAGAGAAUCCUCCAGACAGACGGAACAUUUUCAUGUUGCCUUAUUCUCAUUACCUUUACCAUACAGUCUUCCAAUUCUCUUCCCAAAAAAUUAUUAAAAGAGAUUUUAAAAGGUGAAGGAAAUACACUCAUCUUUUUUUUUCAGUUUCUUAUUAAAGUUUCUCUUCCUAUACUUUAUUACUUUUUAAAAAAUUUCCUUUGCCUCUGUAUAGACCCCCAUUAUCUUGAUUGCUCUGGGCCUCCCCCUUUUCCUCCUUCUGAGAACUUUACAGUCUCAUUAGUUGUUCCCUUGACCGAUAUUUGUACACAUACCACAGUUCACUGGUCAUCUGAGUACAGGAGCCAAGGUUCUCAACUGCUCUUACUGUGACAUGCCAGGGGCAAUUUAUUACUAAUUAUAAGUACUUGAGUUUUGUAAGUGCUUUAUUUUUUUAAAGUAGAUUUGAGUUUAGCCCUAAAAUAAUGUCACUGUCACCCACUUGCAUACAGAAAUGCUUUCUUGAGUGGGAGAGAAUGACAGUGCAGUUAGUCUCCUGUCAGGGAAUUGUGCACAACCCCAGCUUUCUGUAUUAAGGACUGUGGGAGUGUGUUCUGGAACAUGUAAAUGCUAUUUUUCCUUGGACUUUUUCUUAUAAAAAAAAAAAAAAAGGCUAACCCCCGGCUAACCCCCUUACCAAAGAACAGGCAAAUGUUCCCACUUAGGAUUAUUAUUACUGUUUGGGUUUGUUUGGGUGGCUGAUUGGCUGGCAUGUGUUUUGACCAUAUGGUUUUAAAAGAUGAAUGAACCCUAGAAAAAAAGACAGUUUUCCUCUCUCUUUUAGAUGUCAGGUUUGUUUGUUUUUACUGGUUGUUUAUCAACAUAAGACUCUGAAGUUAGGGUGAAAAAAUCAUCCAGUGGUUUGUUGUUAAAAGGAACAAAUCUGAAAGAUUUUACAAAUGGAGAAAGAUUGCUUUUUAUCUACGAAAGUAUAGGGUGGGCUUCUCUCUUGUCCCUUGUACAGGUCUUUUCUGAUAGGAGAUACACAGGCAGAAUUAAAGAAGGCAACACUAAAUAAAACCGGUUUCAUAUUUUACCUAUAGUGUGGUUUGGGUGUUUCCAGAAUCUGUUUGUCAUUUCCAUUAGUAGAAUAACUUCAAAAGGGAUCUAAUGUUUUCCCAGGAGGUAUCUUUGUGGUAACCUCAAUAUUUCUUUUCAACUCAUGUUGACAAUCUCUAGUUAUUGUCUCAAAUUUAACAUAAAAUGAAGUCUUUAUUCAAGCAGAAAGAAUGUGACACAUCCAUGGUUGUUUCUGUCUCAGGAGUAAACUAGUUACAGAUCCAUGAAUUUCUCAAUUAAACAAAAAAGUUAGUGGGGGUGAGUAGGAGGAAGGAGAAUGUUUACAUUUCUUAAAACCCAAAUGUAUGCAACAAAAUCUUAUUUCCUUGAAAAUACCUACAACAUAUCCCAGAAUUGUGACUCCAGGGAUCAUUUUAUGUCUAAAGAUAGAAAAAUCUAUUAACUUCUCAAUGGAAGUGCAAGAGAUGCUUUUGAAAAUGCAUAACUAGGAAACUGGGCAUGAUAAACUAAGGCUAUGCAUACAAAUGAUUUGCAUCUUUGUUCAAUGCUUUAUACUCUCCCUCUCUGUAAAAAUAAAAAUUUCUCAUAGCUAUUAAUAGCUUCAUCCUUGGUGUUCAGAUGGCAUAUUCUUUAAAACUCAGUAUGUAGCCAAGUGUGGCUGGGCAGGAGGAUCACAAGUUGAAGGCCAGUCUCAGCAAUUUAGCAAGAUCUUGUCUCUAAAUAAAUAAAUAAGCAAACCCUGAGGGUGUAGUUCAGUGGUAAAGUGCCCUGGGUUCAAUCCUUGGUUCGGAAAAAAAAAAAAAAAGUCAGUGUGUGAUUGUGUCAAUAGUUGUACAACUGUGAAAGUACUAAAAACCAUUUAAUUAUAUACCUUAAAUAGAUGAAUUCUAUGUAUGUGAAGUAUAUCUCAAUAUAUAUGUUCUGUUACAUUAAAAAUCAAUAUGUAGGGCUGGAGUUGUGGCUCAGUGGUAACGCUCACCUAGCAUGUGUGAGGCACUGGGUUCGAUCCUCAGCACCACAUGUAAUAAAUAAAUAAAUAAGAUAAAGGUAUUGUUUCCAAUUAUAAUUUAAAAAAAAAUCAAUAUGUAAUUAUAUUUGAAAAUAUAGAUUUGGGGGCUUCUUUGGCCAGUUCAUCCAAAAGCCUCAUAGUUUCUUCAGGAGUGAACAUCUUUAUAGAAAAGGCAGUUUGGGUAAAGCAUGCUUCCUAGGCCUUCACCAAAGCACCAGACUUGUAUACUAUAUUCCUCUGAGCAGUUGAUUGCCCCUUGCAUUAAAUGUCUUAUUUUUAGAUUUUAAAAAUGAAUAAUUUUACAUAUAUAAAAAGAAUGCAUUUUUGUAUUUUUAGUAAUGCUGUGAAUAUUUAAUCUCAUAUUUGUUAUUAAAGCACAAAUUCUAUUACACUGUUCUUACUGGAAACUCAGACUAAGUUUCACAUCUCCUAAAGAAAAGAUACUUCUUUUCCCAUAGAAGAGAUUGAUACUUUAUGAUUGUACCAUGGGUUUCCUCUCAUGGUUUUACAAAACACAUACAGUACCGAGAGCAGCAAAAUAGCCAUCAAGAGUCUCAAGUCUUGCUGGGCAGGGUGGUGCACACCUGUUGUCCCAGCAGAUUGGGAGGCUGAGACAGGAUAGUGAGUUCAAAGCCAGCCUCAGCAAUAGCAAGGUGCUAAGCAACACAGUGAGACCCUGUCAUUAAAUAAACUACAGAAAAAAGCUGGGGAUGUGGCUCAGUGGUUGAGUGCCCCUGAGUUCAAUCCCUAGUACCCAAACAAACAAACAACAAAAAAAGAGGCUUGAGUUCUCACUAGAGCUCCCUUGCUGAGACCCUGAGUGACCAGAGGUAAGCUGAAGUCCAUCAUUAAAAGUGGGGCUGGAGGGCUGGGGUUGUGGCUCAGUAGUAGAGCCCUUACUUAUAUAGCAUGUGUGAGGCACUGGGAUCGAUCCGCAGCACCACAUAAAAAUAAAUAAAUAGAUAAAAUUAAGAUAUCUACAACUAAAAAUGUAAAAAAAAAAAAAAACCCAACAACAACAAUCUGGGGGCUGAAAUAAAAUUGGAAUUUAUAUGGAUUCUCUAAGAUUCUUUCCAGUGUUUGAAGCCUGAGAUUUUUCUGUCUCCUGGAUUGUAAUAUUUUUAAUGGUCUUUAAGUCCAUGAGGACAUGUAAAUAAGACAUGGGAUGUAGAAAGUAGGCAUCUUUUGUAUAAACACAUUAAUAUAAAGUGCAUUCUAGAAUGUAAGCUUCAUGAAGUUUAGGACCCUGUUUGUCUCGUUCAAGGCUAUACUAGCAGUUAGAUAGAUCUUUUUGUAAAAGUGAGUAUAUAUGCCUGAUGCAGUGGCACAUGCCUAUAAUCCCAGCUAUUCAAGAGGCUGAGGCAGGAAGAUUGCAAGUUUGAAGCCAGUCUCAGCAAUUUAAUGAGACUCUUUCUCCAAAUAAAAUUUUAAAAGGGCUGGGGAUCUAGCUCAGUGUGUAUAGCGCUUGCCUCAUACGUGCAAAGCCCUGGUUUCAAACUCUACCAUUAAAACAGGGAGGAAACACUUUGCAAGAAAUGUAAGUGGAGUGGAAAAAUAAGAAAGAGAACUUUAGAUGUUUAAGAAAUUCUAAGGUGGGGUUUGAACUGUUGGAAGAGUAAUAGCUUGAAGUAGAAAGAUUGGAGGGCAGGUGUUUACAUUUUGUUUCCUCUAAGUAUGGUCCAACCUAGUAGAAGAUUUCUGGUUAAGAAAGGGUAGGUGCAUAGCUGGGGAUACCAUUUAUUCAGUCAUCAAAUACUUAUAUACUCUCUACAUAUUAGUGAAGUGGUUCUCAAGCUUUGUGGUCUCAUUGGCCUAUUAUUCUUCUAAAAAUUAUUGAGACCCUCCAAAGAGCUCUUGUUUAUAUGAAUUAUAGCUGAUAUGUGCCAUAUGGGACCUAAAACUAAGAAAUUUUAAAUUAUGUAUAUAACCCAUUAAAAAUAAUAAUAAAUCAUUGUAUGUUAACAUCAAUCACAUUUUCAUGAAGAAUAAUUACAUAUUCAAAAAAGUUUAGGGAGAUGAGUUUCAAUUCUUAUUUUUGCAAAACUGUUUGACAUGUGGUUUUCCAGAAGAUAGCUGUAUUCUCAUAUUACAACCUGUUGCAAUAAUUGGAAAAUGGAGGCCCUCACAGAACCCAUUAAAGGAUCUCAGAAACUCCUAAGGGUCUUCAGAUCACACUGUGAAAACCACUGCACUUGGGAAUAGUAAAACAUUGGUUCUUGCCUGUGUCAAGCACAGGCGAUGGAAGUAGGGUUCCCCUCAGUGGAAUGGGCUGGCUGCAAAACAAAAGUUAAGAAAAAUUGAACAGCGAAAGAACCACAGGACACAGAAAAUAUUUUUACAAAGUGGGGACAGGAUGUGCCAGCCGAUCUUAAGGAUCCAGCUUCCAUGCUUUAUUUAUGUCUCUGGGGGUGGGGCACAUCAAAGGCAGGGAUAAGGUUUCAAGGGCGGAGUCUUGCUUUAUGUUGACUUGAGGUCAGCAGGUUGAUUGAGAUCUUGGCAGGUCACACCCAUCUCAGGUGCUGUGUGGGAUUUCUGGCAGAGCUUGAGGGGAAAUUCACCUGCAUCAGGUGGCCAAUCCCUGUGGGGGUGCCAUGGAAGGUUCCCAAUGCCAGACUGAUCCUCUCAUUAGGCUACUAUGUGCAACAUAGUCCACACACAGCCUGCAGACAGCUCAUGACAAUUGGUAGUGGAUUUUGUUUGUUCACCAAAUAUUUAUUAAAAGCUUAAUACAGGCCAGCAAGUAGGAAAAAAAUUAAUCGGCUAGGAAUGAAAAAUUUGGAAAUUGUGACUGAGUUUGAAAUUUCUUUAGCAAGCUUAUCCUGUAUAUUCAGGAGGCAGGGUGUGAAGGAUAAGAGGGAAUAACAACACAGGGUUUGGGGAAGUGGUGAUUUGAAAUACAAGCCCACACUUGCUAAAUUGGAGCAUGAAAUUAGAUAUUGAUGUCCUUCCUGUUUAAAAAAAAAAAUUGUUUUGGUAGGUGCUUGAUAAGUAAGGAUGGAGUUUGAUUGAGGUUCAAAGAUGAGGAUUCCUGUUGUAAGAGAGGUGAGGAGUCCAGUCACUGUGGGUUCUGGAGCAUGCUAGAACCUGUGAUCUCAUCUGGGGAGUGGGACUGGGCACUUGUAAAACCUUUGUUUAUAUUAUGAUGCUUUGUUUCUGAUUGUUUUU